UCCAAUCCCUGGGCGGAGACGUGUCUCACAGUCAAAGCAUCCUUCCGUCAUGGCGUCUGUUUGGGCUAAAUCCAUCUCCAGCCUGCCGGUUCUGUCUGUUAUCUGCCUCCUGCUGCUAUGCCUGCCACCCGGAGGAGGACAAAAGAAGAAAGAGAAUCUGCUGUCGGAGAAGGUUGACCAGAUGAUGGAGUGGUCCUCCCGGCGUUCGGUCGUCCGGAUGAACGGGGACAAGUUCCGUCGUUUCGUCAAGGCCCCGCCCAGGAACUACUCUGUCAUCGUCAUGUUCACCGCCCUGCAGCCUCAGAGGCAGUGCUCUGUCUGCAGGCAGGCCAAUGAGGAGUACCAGGUCCUGGCUAACUCCUGGCGUUACUCAUCUGCAUUUUCCAACAAGCUCUUCUUCACUGUGGUCGACUAUGAUGAGGGGGCUGAUGUUUUCCAACAGUUGAACAUGAACAGCGCCCCGACCUUCAUGCAUUUCCCGGCUAAGGGAAAGCCAAAGAGGGCCGAUACGUUUGACCUGCAGAGGAUUGGUUUUGCCUCGGAGCAGCUGGCCAAGUGGAUUGCCGACCGCACAGAUGUUCAGAUCCGUGUCUUCCGUCCUCCUAAUUAUUCCGGGACAAUCGCUCUGGCUCUGCUGGUCUCUCUGGUUGGAGGUCUGCUGUACCUGAGAAGGAACAACUUGGAGUUCAUUUACAACAAGACUGGAUGGGCCAUGGCUGCACUGUGUGUAGUUUUCGCGAUGACAUCUGGUCAGAUGUGGAACCACAUCAGAGGUCCUCCAUACGCCCACAAGAACCCCCAGAAUGGACAAGUGAGCUACAUCCACGGCAGCAGCCAGGCGCAGUUUGUGGCCGAGUCUCACAUCAUCCUUCUUCUGAAUGCUGCAAUCACCAUGGGGAUGGUGCUGCUAAAUGAGGCUGCCACCUCCAAGGGAGAUGUUGGCAAGAGGAGAAUCAUCUGCCUGGUCGGCCUCGGCCUGGUGGUGUUUUUCUUCAGCUUCCUGCUCUCCAUUUUCAGGUCCAAGUACCACGGAUAUCCCUACAGCUUCCUCAUCAAGUAAAAAAAAAGACUGAAGAGGAGAGCGACUGAAGAAGAGGCUGCGUGUGAGCAGAAGACGAGUCAUGACCAUACUUGAAGACGAGACGGGGUCACAGCUGAGUGUAGAGUUCAUGGUCAAAUUCCUUUUUUUUUUGUGUGUUUGUUUUUGUUUUGUUUUUUAAACCACUGCGAUUUUAAUCUCUUAGAGCUGAAUUAAAUUAUUCCUUCUUACACUGGAAAAUAAAGGUGUUUGGCAUGUU